ACGGCCUUGACGUCUCAAAACAGCAGGGAUCUUCUGCUGGUACUAUGAACAUCAUGCUGACGCAUGGCCUCGGAAACACAGCCAUGUAUCAGUUCAAGUUCUCAGGGAGGUUGGAAGAUAUCAACACAGCCAUCAAGUCUUUUGAGAAGUGUCUCGAAGCAACUGGGCCUACUGAGGUUCGAGCUGGGUCGAGGACAAGAAGCCUCAGUCACGCCCUUCAGCUCAGAUACGACGAUACCGAGGAUGUCAGAGAUGUCAUCAGAGCUGGUCAGAUUGUUGAAGAGGUUCUGGGCAGGAAUCUCAACCUCCCACCGGUCGAAAUCUCGGCAUUGCAUAAUAUGCUAGGAACAGCAUAUCUUCGCCAAUACCACCGAGAAGAAGAUCUAAGUUUUCUUGCUCAAGCUGAGAAUAACUUCAACAAGGCUCUCUCUUGUGGAUGCAUGGAUAAGUUUUACUUAUUCUCAGCGCGGGUUAAUUUGAUGCGUGCGUUGCAGUACAGAGCUAAGAAGACACUCAGCCUGCGAGACCUUCGUGAUGCGCUCGUGAACUUCCAAGAGUGCAUCUCGAUGGGUGGUAUGGACGACAUUAACCGUGGAGGCCUGCUCAUCAAUCAAGCCGAACUACUCAUCGCAAUCUAUACUGUCAGUCCCGCUCCAUUGAGCACCGUCGCUGCAAAUGCAUACUUGAUCAUGACGGCUCAAUUCGCAUCGGCACCAGGUAUCGCUCGUCAUGCGCUCGCGUGGAUGAAAGUCUACGCAUCUAUGUUUGCGCAUGUGGUGGCAAAGGACUCGACAGCUGCAAGAAACUACAUCCGAGAAGCAGCUGAGGAUCUCCCUUUUGCGGUAUAUGCUUGUACCACGCGGGCUGAUCAGUUACGACAAGCGAAGAAGUUUCAAGCCGUGCCGACACUUGCUCUUUGCUUUUCGAUUGCCGCUGGAGAUUCAGUGUUUGAAGCACUUCAACUAUAUGAGAGAAGUCGAUGUGUCUUGUGGGAGGAGAUUCUCAACAAGGGCGUGGAUUCUGGCCUGGACCAGCUGAAGGAGAAGUUCCCAGAUUUGGCAAGUCGGUUCAUCGAAGCGAGGAACUCCGAGAAGGUCAGGGGCCAACGCGCUGCACGCUUCGAUCUUGAUAAGAAGUUUUUGCAGAGUCAGGCGGCUUUCAACAAGUCGACUUCGUUUCAGGAACUGAUAGCCGAGAUCCGAGCAAAGGAUGGGUUCCGGGAUUUUCUCAGGCUUCCACGCGAGGACUCGCACUUCUAUGAACUUGCUGAGUCUGGUCCAAUCGUCAUUGUCGAAACGGAACCUCUGAGUGGGGGCUACGCUCUCAUCAUUACCACCACUGACAUCCGGAAAAUCUCACUUCCCAAAUUCACUGUCGAUGACAUCAGGGAGCACAAGCAACUCUUUCGCGAAGCCAUUGAUAUGUCGAAUGACGGAGAUGGUCAGCGUGGGGAUCUUCUACAUUAUCUACUCACAUGGCUCUGGGAAGUUGUAGCAGAACCGAUUCUACACAGCCUGGGGUACGAUGGGGCUCCUAAAGACGCAAUUUUGCCGAGGGUCUGGUGGUUGACGACGAGCAGCAUUAAUGCUUGGCCCAUUCAUGCGGCUGGAGAUCAUCGACGUGCAGUAGAGACGGGAGAGCGUUGCACGGUGCUCGAUCGAUGCGUUCCAUCCUAUACAAAUACCCUUCGAGGAUUAUCAUUUGUGAGAGAUCGUGAGAAAGAGAUCAUGCAAAAUGGUGGACAUCAGAAAGCGAUGCUGGUUAAGAUGGAGACCACAGAUCACCUUGCGCCACUGCAACAUGCCUCAAGCGAGAUCGACAAUAUUGACACAAUUCUCACUCGCGGAGGAUACGACGCCGUAAUCCAUGACCGCCCAGUCCGAAAAGAGGCACUCAUGGGCCUAUUAAACUCACAGGUCGCCCACUUCGCCUGCCACGGCGAAGUGGACAACUUGAACCCAGCGCGCAGUGGUCUCCUCCUUCGAGACUGGUACACCCAAGAUGCAAAUGGCGAAAUCAUGAGAGGAAACGUCCUCGACGUUCAAAGCAUGAUGUCAGCGCCAAAGAAGCUAAACUGCUCUCUCAUCUAUGUAUCAGCAUGUGAGACGGCUAUCACAGGUGACCCAAUGCUCCCUCAGGAAUCGAUCCAUCUUGCCGCUGGGUUUCAAAUGGCUGGUGUACCCUGUGUAGUGGCUAGUUUGUGGAAAGCCGAGGAUGAAACUUGCGGUCUUGUCUCCAAGGUCUUUUAUGGUGAUUUACUGAAAGAAGGUCCAGGUGUUACAGGAGAUCGGUCUGCGAGGGCGUUGAGACUAGCUGUUCUGGAACAGCGACAAGCUGGGAUUGAUCCAAGGUUCUGGGCAACUUGGGUUCAUUAUGGUCCUUGAACGUUAUCUUGAGUAGAAUCUGAUUGGUAUCUGAUGCAUCAGCUAUCUGGGUAACCAACUCAAAAUAACACUUUCAAAAACAUACAUCAGACAGCAUGCCAACUACCCACAUAACAGCCCAAGAUAAACUGAAACCUUAUCAUAUGAUCAAUGGCCUGUUAGUAUUGGCAUACUUACGUUUAAACUAAAUUUUGAUUUUUAUUACAUCUUGGA